GAGCUUGGUGGAGCCGCACGGAGAGAGGCACGGAGACGCAGCAGAGCAUAAGGGCGUCUUCAUCGGAGGGGAAAAGAGAGAUAAAUAAAACAACUUAAAAAAAAGACACACACAGCGACAUACUGGUGGGAAACAAUCGGAAGAGAUAUUGCUUUGCUGCAGGGACAUAAAAUGAAAGGGUUACCUGGCUGUAUUUUGGAUUUGGAGUCUUGCAUUACACCGCUGCGACUUUGACACAAGAGCUGCGCAGGCAGAGUCUCUAGGAGUUGUCUGUUGGAGGGAUUUCAGGCACCACGGAUCAAACUUGAGUUGGACAUCCAGGAACCAGUCAGGGAGUAAGCUAAACUACCUACCUACUGCUCUCACUGAAAAGGAAGACGCUAAAGCACCACUGCCACCAUGGAUGAGGAACAGUGCUACUACAAUGAGACCAUCGCCUUCUUCUACAACCGCAGCGGCAAGCACCUUGCUUCUGACUGGAACACCGUCAGCAGGCUGGUGAUGGGCCUGGGCAUCACUGUGUGCAUCUUCAUCAUGCUCGCCAACCUCCUGGUGAUGAUCGCCAUCUACGUCAACAGGAGAUUCCACUUCCCCAUCUACUACCUGAUGGCCAACCUGGCAGCUGCUGACUUCUUUGCUGGACUGGCCUACUUCUACUUGAUGUUCAACACGGGACCAAACACGAGGCGUCUGACUGUUUCCACGUGGCUGCUCCGCCAAGGCCUAAUUGACACCAGCCUGACGGCGUCUGUGGCCAACUUGCUUGCCAUCGCCAUCGAGCGCCACAUCACCGUGUUCCGCAUGCAGCUACACACACGUAUGAGCAACCGACGUGUGGUUGUGGUGAUUGUCAUAAUCUGGACCAUGUCCAUAGUAAUGGGGGCCAUCCCCAGUGUGGGCUGGAACUGUAUCUGUAGUAUUAGUACUUGUUCCAACAUGGCACCGCUUUACAGCAACUCCUACCUGGUCUUCUGGGCAGUGUUUAACCUGGUGACGUUUGUUGUCAUGGUGACGCUGUAUGCCCACAUCUUUGUGUAUGUGCGGCAGAGGACCAUGAGGAUGUCACGGCACAGCUCUGGACCACGGCGUAACCGAGAUACCAUGAUGUCUCUGCUGAAAACCGUGGUGAUUGUGUUGGGGGCGUUCAUUGUCUGCUGGACGCCCGGCUUGGUCAUCCUCCUCCUUGACGUCUUCUGCGCAAGCUGCAACGUCCUCACCUACGAAAAGUUCUUCCUACUUCUCGCCGAGUUCAACUCGGCCAUGAACCCCAUCAUCUACUCCUACCGUGACAAGGAGAUGAGCGCCACCUUCAGGCAGAUUCUGUGCUGCCAGCGCCAGGAGAACGUCAACGGAACGGCCGCGGAGGGAUCUGACCGGUCGGCGUCAUCCAUCAACCAUACGGUGCUCAGCGGCAGCGGUAUGCACCACCAUCACCACCACCACAACGAACACUCAGUAGUAUAAAGGAGGGCUGGAUGUCAUGGAGAUUAAUCCAAACCGAAGGGGUUAAUCUCUUUUCUAAAUAGUGACUGAUAAAGGUUUAAAUGGAGGUAUGGGAAGGUCAAGAGGGACUGCGAACAUGAUAUGAACGAAAGACAGCAACGUGAUAAAUGUGAGGAGGAAGAUUAGUGAGCGGAUUGGAUGAUGAGUUGGAUGAGAUCAUAAUGAGGAAGAGAACGGCAACUAUGAAGAAAGAUGAGAAGACUUCAUGUCUGUGUGGAGAAAGAAACGCAGGAGUGAGUCUGAUCUCCAAGGACUCUGAUAGGCUGUUAGUAUUUUUGUUUAGUUGUUUAUUUUUUUGUGUUAAAUGUGUUGUUACAGGCAAUGCUGAUAUGAACUAUUUAAAAGUAAUCUGUGAAAUGAAGGUAAUGCCAGUAUAACCCAUCCUCUUUCUCCAGUCUUUUCUCACUUUGUAUCCUGUAGUGAUAGGUUUUAUCCUGGAUUACAUCCAUCCGAAGACUAAUUCAUAUUAGUUGCAACAUUUUGGGGUGAGACCCCAGAUUUAAAACACUAUUUAAGACUUCAAUUCUGUGGAAAUUCAAACCGACAUGUGUCGUUUUGUGCUUAGGACAUGUAACUGAAUGUUAAUACAUGCUAUUUCCAGCAGCUUUAACUUUAAAAUGACCUUGUGGAGAGUCAAGGGCGGUUUUUGAUAGUGUUUGGACCUAUUUCCACUGUAGACACCAAAGUGACAAAUUCAUUAAUUGUCACUUCCACUGCUUAUAAAUCGAAUAAAUAUGUAAAUAUAUUUGACAUGUUUAGCCACUUACCAAAAAUACUGCAGUGCUGUUCUACCCAGCGUUUAAGUAACCAGAGCCACUGUCCUUUUCCACAUUAGACUCAUCACUCACUUUUAAAUGACAAGUGACAUUACAAACUAAAUACGACGGCGACUCAUUAUUCUACCGACUAUCCUCUUCCACUAAAACGCUUUUGUGAAUCCAUCCCAUCAGUUUCUCCUUAAAUACAUUGAGGGACUCCAAGAUCUGCAGGAAAUCCUGAGUUGUUUAUUCUCUCAAAGGAAUUAAAGACAAGUUGUUCCAGGGACCUUACCAGAAAAGAGGAGGAGGAUGUUUGCAGUUUUAGAGCAGGCUCUGCGCCACAGUGUUAUGUGGAGACAAGGUGAAGGUCGUAUCUGGUGAGUGUUAACAGACUUCAGAUUAUGACAUGAAAGGUGCUGAGUUGUCUGCCUCUCAUGGCUUUACCCAGUGUCUCUGUGUCCACGAGGCUGACAGAGAAAAAGAGGAAGGAGGUUGGGAAAGUAAAGAGAAUGGGAAACAAUAUUCAGUGGUCUGUGAAAUUUCCCCCUGGUCGUUCUGAAACUGAAAAUGACUGUAAACCAAGAAAAAUUUGAAUUCUUUAUAGCAUUGAGAGGGUUGACAAAAGGUGGGGCUGUUAUGCCUUUUCAUUUCUAAAUCACUUUUCUUUUAGGGACUCAUGAACUGCAGAACCGCAGUCUAAUAGGUGUGCAUGGCUUCAACAAACACUUCGAGGAAAGUACUGAAAAAUACUUUUAUUAUUAACCAGAAAAUGAAUGGUGAUGUGAGGUAAUAACAGAUACCCAUCAUUAUGUCACCAUAUCAGAUAGUUGGGGUUAUGAUUAUGUUGAUGUACACCAUACCACAACAUUGAGCAUUUUUGUCAGUCAAUACUUCUUUAAAGGUCUACUGACAACAAUGUCGUAUUACAGUUUACUCUUAUGAUAACACUCAAAGCCUUUAGGGUGUUUUUCUUAAUGAAUGAACUUAGUGAGAGGUGAGCCAGAGUUGAGCCGAUGCAGUGUUGAAUGGUGUUAUAUUAUUUCCACAAGUGCACUCCCUGACUUCUGCCAUUAGCUUGUGAUUGUGUGCCAGCUGAAAGUCAGCGCGGUGAUUCUAUGACGUGCAUUGUUAAAAAUUACCAGCUGAACGUUUUGUCGUGACUUGAAUCAAAACACUCUUUGGCCAGAAUACACAGACAGAGCUCCCAACAGCUGACAGCAAAGUGAGAAACGUGGCCAAAGAUACAGUCAGAUGUUUUCCAGGAAGCGAGAUGUUUGUCAGGGAUUUAGACUGCAACGCUAACAUGAAGUCAGCUGGUAUUCUUCACUGUCAACGUUGCCCACACAUAAGUUCCUAAGCAACAAUCUUCGAUAAAAAAAAUUUUGUUUGCUUUUCUUACGUUUACCCUUUGCAUUUGUCCAUCUUUCACUUCACAAGAGGCCUUACAGGAGUAGUGGCAGCAGGAGUGCCACUCAUUGACCCAACUUUGUCUACCUACAACUCUGGAUCCAACCCUCCAUAUUCCACAUUCACUGUAACCAUUUUUCUAACCAAGUAUUGAUUCAGGUUAUAUAGUGAACCAACUAAACUUUCUGUCUUUGUAUGUCUUUUGUUUACCAUUGAGUCACUCUUUGUAUACCAUUGUAAGUAUAAUGUGUACAGUAUGUAUGUAUAUAAAAUAUAUUAUUCAAUGUUAAUCACCAAAGGGAAAGUGUUUUUGUGUCUGUAAAUUUAACUGUGUUAUGCUCUGUCCAAAUGUACUGUAGGAUUUUGUUUAUGUUUUUAUGUCAUGAGCUCUUUGUAUUAUGACCCUAAUGAAUGAACUUCUUGUAGACGCAAUUACAGUUAUUAACUUGUUUGUGACCCAGAACUCGAUAUCUAUGUUUGCAGUGCCUUCCACUUCUCUUUAAUAAGGAGUAACUUCACACCAGCCUGAAAAGCAGUGAUUUACUGCCUCUUCUGGUUGAAAGUUUCAAGCCAGUUUCACCUCUGACCAUACCCACCAGUGAUGUCAUAGUGUACCGGAGUACACUUGUACAUCACUGCAGCAAGGUGGAACUUAAACCACUGGAAGUCAGCAAUGCCAAGAUUUUCAGGUGGUAUCAAGUUACUCUUUAAGUUUGUGUGUUGCUAACACCGCUGUCUUACAUUUGCCUUAUAGAACAACAAAAAAUAAUGUCAGUGUUGGAGCAAUAUUUCACUUUUGUUGAAAGUUUUCACCAGAAAGCAUGAUUUUUUUGAUAAAAAAGAUACACAACACAACCUCAAAUGUCAAAUGAGUACAAACUCAUAAACACAGUAGUAGUAUAUAUUAUGAGUCAAACCAAUUUCAGAUCCUCAGAUGUGGGUAAUUUCUAAUUGGUGUUUUUUCAGCCAGGAGACACAAUGUUUGGAAAUUCAUUCACACUGGCGGCAUACGACACAAGUCAAAACACCCACACCCUCUGUUUUAUAUGUAAAACCACACAAUCCACUGGCAGUGUCUUGAUUUGCACCAAUCCAUGAUGGUCUGCAGGAAAAAAUAAAUAGAUAAAAAGUUUUAUUACAUUCACUCCCAGAUUGGCAACUGAUGUUUGCUGCAGGCGUCAAGUUAUGCAGCACUACAUGACACAGCUGGUGUGUGUUGCUAUUUCACAUUUAGUCACAUUACACUACUCCAAACAUUACUGUUGAUCCCAAAGAGUAUAAAUGAAAAUAUUCACAUUAGGACUAGUGACUGAUGCUCCGAGCUGUAGGUGUGAAACAUUUUGUUCUUCCAGAGUGAAACAUUGCUUCAAAAUUCUGUUAAAAAAAAAAAGUCAGCCUCAGAUUUAAUAUACCAUGUACCAGUAGUUUGUAGAAAGUAAUUGUGACACAUACUAUCCAUACUGUAGGGGCCAAUAUCAAUGAAUGUCCAGCCAGAGUCAUAGUGUUGAUAUCCCAGCAACAAUAAAAACAUGUGAAAAGUU